UGCGCGCCAGUUCCCCGAGCUGGGCGGCACACCCUGUUUCCGGCGCCCGGAUGAGAUUCCGCAAGGCCUGGCGCCUGGUCGUGAUGUAAGCUCCGGUUGUCGUGCUGAGUCGGAAGUGGGAACCCUUCGGCCGCUAAGACUUCUGUCGUGUCGUCGCUGCUGGCCUUUCAGGCUCUGCCCCUCCCCCUAGGUCUGGAUGGAGGAUACUUUAAAGUGAAAUGACAGACCAGGAGAAUAACAACAACAUCUCAAGUAACCCCUUUGCUGCUCUUUUUGGCUCCCUGGCUGAUGCCAAGCAGUUUGCAGCAAUCCAAAAAGAGCAGCUGAAGCAGCAAUCUGAUGAACUCCCAGCUACCCCAGAUGACUCGGAUAAUAGUGUGUCAGAAAGCCUGGAUGAAUUUGAUUACUCUGUGGCUGAGAUUAGCCGCUCAUUCCGUUCACAGCAGGAAAUAUGUGAGCAACUCAACAUCAAUCACAUGAUCCAAAGGAUCUUCCUCAUUACUCUGGACAACAGUGACCCAAGCUUGAAAAGUGGGAAUGGCAUCCCCAGCCGUUGUGUGUAUUUGGAAGAAAUGGCGGUAGACCUGGAAGAUCAAGACUGGCUCGAUAUGAACAAUGUUGAGCAGGCUGUCUUCGCUCGCUUAUUACUUCAGGAUCCAGGCAACCACUUGAUUAACAUGACUUCUUCUACAACAUUGAAUCUCUCUGCUGAUCGAGAUGCAGGGGAGAGGCACAUUUUUUGUUACCUUUAUUCCUGCUUCCAAAGAGCUAAGGAAGAGAUUACCAAAGUUCCAGAGAACCUGCUCCCCUUUGCAGUACAGUGCAGGAACCUCACUGUGUCCAAUACCCGAACCGUUCUCCUCACCCCAGAGAUCUAUGUUGACCAAAACAUCCACGAGCAACUGGUAGAUUUGAUGUUGGAAGCCAUCCAAGGAGCCCAUUUUGAAGAUGUAACUGAGUUUCUGGAAGAGGUCAUUGAAGCCUUGAUAUUGGAUGAGGAAGUUCGAACAUUUCCAGAAGUCAUGAUUCCAGUGUUUGAUAUUUUAUUGAGCCGAAUAAAAGACCUAGAACUCUGUCAGAUCCUGUUUUAUGCAUAUCUGGAUAUUCUUCUCUAUUUCACUAGGCAGAAAGAUAUGGCAAAGGUUUUUGUAGAAUACAUUCAGCCCAAGGACCCUAGCAACGGGCAGAUGUACCAGAAGACCUUGCUGGGAGUGAUCCUCAAUGUCUCCUGCUUACUAAAGACUCCGGGUGUAGUAGAAAAUCAUGGCUACUUCCUGAAUCCAUCUCGUUCCAGUCCCCAGGAGAUCAAAGUGCAAGAGGCCAACAUCCAUCAGUUCAUGGCUCAGUUCCAUGAAAAGAUCUACCAGAUGCUGAAGAACUUACUCCAGCUCUCUCCAGAAACCAAACACUGUAUCUUGUCCUGGCUUGGAAACUGUUUGCAUGCAAAUGCAGGCCGCACCAAGAUUUGGGCCAAUCAGAUGCCAGAAAUCUUCUUCCAAAUGUAUGCCUCAGAUGCCUUCUUUCUGAAUCUGGGUGCUGCUCUCCUGAAGCUGUGCCAGCCAUUUUGCAAACCCAGAUCCUCUCGGCUCCUCACCUUUAAUCCCACCUACUGUGCCCUGAAGGAGUUGAAUGAUGAAGAACGAAAAAUUAAAAAUGUACACAUGAGAGGUUUGGACAAAGAAACUUGUUUGAUCCCAGCUGUGCAGGAGCCAAAGUUUCCCCAGAACUACAACCUUGUGACGGAGAACCUUGUCCUGACAGAGUACACCUUGUACUUGGGAUUUCACAGGUUGCAUGAUCAGAUGGUAAAAAUCAACCAAAAUCUGCAUCGGCUGCAGGUUGCCUGGCGGGAUGCUCAGCAGAGUUCUAGCCCUGCUGCUGACAACCUUCGUGAGCAGUUUGAACGACUGAUGACCAUCUAUCUUUCUACCAAGACGGCCAUGACCGAGCCACAGAUGCUACAAAAUUGUCUGAAUUUGCAGGUGUCCAUGGCUGUUCUACUCGUUCAACUGGCCAUAGGCAAUGAGGGCUCACAGCCAAUAGAGCUAACUUUUCCUUUGCCAGAUGGCUACAGCUCUUUGGCUUAUGUGCCAGAAUUUUUUGCAGAUAACUUGGGUGACUUCCUCAUUUUUCUCCGCCGCUUUGCUGAUGACAUCUUGGAGACGUCAGCAGAUUCCCUGGAACAUGUCCUCCACUUUAUCACCAUUUUCACUGGAAGCAUAGAAAGGAUGAAGAAUCCCCACCUGAGGGCCAAACUGGCUGAGGUAUUGGAAGCAGUGAUGCCUCACCUGGAUCAGACCCCAAACCCCUUGGUAUCCAGUGUGUUCCACCGGAAACGUGUGUUCUGCAACUUUCCCUAUGCACCCCACCUUGCAGAAGCUCUAAUCAAGGUCUUUGUGGACAUUGAGUUUACAGGAGACCCCCAUCAGUUUGAACAGAAGUUUAAUUACCGACGUCCCAUGUAUCCUAUCCUAAGGUAUAUGUGGGGAACGGAUACCUAUCGAGAGAGCAUUAAGGAUCUGGCUGACUAUGCCUCAAAGAAUUUAGAAGCCAUGAACCCCCCACUUUUCCUCCGCUUUCUUAACCUGCUAAUGAACGAUGCCAUCUUCCUUCUGGAUGAAGCCAUACAGUAUCUGAGCAAGAUAAAGAUUCAACAGAUUGAGAAAGACCGAGGCGAAUGGGAUAGUCUGACUCCAGAAGCCCGCCGAGAGAAGGAGGCUGGCCUGCAGAUGUUUGGACAGCUGGCACGUUUCCAUAACAUCAUGUCCAAUGAAACAAUUGGUACCCUUGCCUUUCUGACAUCAGAGAUCAAAUCACUCUUUGUGCAUCCUUUCCUGGCUGAGCGCAUCAUCUCCAUGUUGAACUACUUCCUGCAGCACCUGGUUGGCCCCAAGAUGGGGGCCUUAAAAGUCAAGGACUUCAGUGAAUUUGACUUCAAACCCCAGCAGCUCGUAUCAGAUAUCUGCACUAUCUACUUAAAUCUUGGGGAUGAGGAGAACUUCUGUGCCACCGUGCCCAAGGAUGGACGUUCCUAUUCCCCAACUCUCUUUGCACAGACAGUCCGAGUCCUGAAGAAAAUAAAUAAGCCCGGGAAUAUGAUUGUGGCUUUCAGCAACUUAGCAGAGAGAAUCAAGUCUCUAGCAGACCUCCAGCAACAGGAAGAGGAGACGUACGCAGACGCCUGCGAUGAGUUCCUGGAUCCCAUCAUGAGCACGCUCAUGUCCGACCCUGUGGUGCUGCCAUCCUCCAGAGUCACUGUGGAUAGAUCCACCAUUGCCAGACAUCUGCUCAGUGACCAAACCGAUCCCUUUAACCGUAGUCCCCUCACCAUGGACCAGAUCCGGCCAAACACAGAACUAAAAGAAAAAAUACAACGGUGGCUCGCAGAGAGGAAACAACAACAAAAGGAGCAACUUGAAUAAAUUACUGUGAACUAAACGAACCAAAAACCCAAUCCCAGAGUGUAGAUAAACAAUUGUUUGUGGUUUCUCUCUUUUUUUGGUUCUGUUCCUUUUCUUUUUCUUUCUUUCUUUCUUUUUUUUUUUUUUUUUUUACUAGAUUAGAGAACUGCUCUUGCUCAAAUUAUGAUACUUUAGAUUUAUUCCUAAGAACUUUACAGUGCUCUCCUGGCUUACAGGAAAUUAUGUUUAUUAUAGCAGCACCAAGUUUAGAAACGAUUGCUAAUUGUACCCUUUGUUCUCUCUUCCUACUCUUUUUUCUUCCUUUUCCUACCUUAAGUUAUAUUAACUUCAGCUACUGAAACUUCCUGCCAUCUUACUGUUGUUCUUCCAAGAACUGCUCGAACACCUUUGGUGAACACGGCUUUUAAGUAUAUGGGGUCACAUAUUUCAGUGACAGCUGACACCACCAGAAAGUCCUGUGUCGUCAAGCUAUUUACUAGUCUUCAUGACCCGGAUGUCAGCCCUUUUCUUGUUACGGCUCCGCCAUGUUACAGAAUAACCUUUCACACAAAGGCAGAUCCCUUGAUGUUUGAGUAGACUUUUGAAUACAAUAGAUGAGAUUUUCAAAAAGGAAUCUGAUGCAAUUUCUGUUGGUAGUUCUUAAUUUUGUGUUCUCUUGUAACUCAAAAGAUCCCAUGAAAUCGCCCCUGGGGUUAUCACUACCCCAAAACUUAUAUAUACCCCAUAAUAUUUUUAGGAGGAUUGGUAGGACAGACAUGAAUUGUUGACACUUUCUUCAGAAAAUUCUGAGGUGAAAGAAAAAAGGAAGAAAACUGUUGCUAUAAGGACUAGGCUUGAGUAGAAAAGUUAGGGAACAAAUACGGUAACCAUGAAAAAUGUCAUUUUAAGACACUCAUCAACAGCAUAUCUCAGUAUAUAUAUACACCAUGUACAUUUUUAUAUUGGUCUAGUGUAAACUGAGUACCACUCUAUAUUGUCUCUUCCAUGGUAAGAUGUAUGCAGUGUGUGGCCAUGUUUACUGACACACUUACGCUAGACAAAAUUCUGAGACUAUAACAUGUAUAUAGUUAACGUUUGUUUGGGCCUGUGACCCAAUUUCCAAGAUCUGCUUCUAACUCAGCCUUAGAUCAUCAAUUAGCAAAGUAGGAAUUUGAGCACAACCUUGUCCACAGCCAAUUUAAAUAUCCACUUAGCCCUGUGUAGUUAGCAGGCGGAUGGGCCCCACUUGUCCAAGUUGAGCUCGCGCUCCCUACUCAAAGGUGCAGCUUACCAUGCUAAGUGAGGCACAUUCCCCCAUGGACUACAGUACUAUCCCCGUAAGCCUGAAUAUAUCAUAAGUGACAGAGUGAUAUGAUCUAGAAACGGGGGUCACUGCUUCAUUUUUAACCGUGGCCUCUUUCAGAGAAGAUGGUAGUUGUACGAUAUUCCAGCACAAGUUGCUCUAAGCAGUCCUUGAUGUGCUUUUGAUGGUGUCACUUGGAAAACCUCGUAUCAGCGGGAAUCCCACCCUAGGUAAAGUUGCCUGUUGCUGUUGCUUAUAAUGAAAAAAAAAGGAGUCUAGGACUCUUGGAAAUGCCAGAAUGUAAGAUACUAAUUUAGUCUGCAACCUGGGCCUUUCAGGCUUGGGUUAACAGGAUUUGUUUAUUUUCUUAAGAUGAGCUUCAUUUCAUAUUUAUUAGCCUCCUGCUCUGCGAAUGAACUGUGUAUAAAAAAAUAAGCUUCUAUCUACUUGCAUUUAUUUUCCAAACCCAAUGUAAUAGGAUGUUUUGUUUUGUUGUUUUUUUUUUAAGCGCAGAAAAGACCAGUUUUAGGACAAAAUUGGAGGAAAAAUGGGUACAAAACCUCAGAAGGCAGCUGUUGCCAGCAGCUUUCUAGUUAACAACCUCUAUGCUGCCUCUUGUAUCUGUGUCUGUACUCUACUUCUGUGGUCUUCAGAUUGUAAGCCUUUUCUGGCAAGCCUUUUUUUUUUUUUUUUUUUUUUUUUUUUAAGUUAUUUCCUGAAACUUUUUAUGAAUGGCUGUGGCACCAUUAAUGCUGCUGAGUAUCUUUAAACUCAUCACAAAAGCAAGUGUUUAGCUUAAGGCCACUGUUGGUUAGGAAACCAAGUGUCCUCUGUGCCUUUUUUUCUUUUUCUUUCCUUAAUUUAAGAACAUCCCAAAAACAAGACUAAAAAAUUAUCAUCUUGAUACACCGUGGUGUAUAUACGCGCUCAGAAGCUUGAAGAGAUGUUUUGUUGUCUGAAACUCAGAAGCAGCUCUAAGUCUAUUCAAGCAGACUUUCUGAUAUCCCUAGUUUUAAGUGCUGGCUUUGCUGGAGUAUGAUAGGAAAAUGAAGACUCUUUAUCAGCUCUAGUAUUGCUUACCAAGAGGGUAAUAACUAAACUUGGAAAAUUAUUUAAGUAGGUUUUAUCAAGCAAUCUUGGUUUAUUUGGUUGUUUGGUUUUUUUUUUUUUAAAUAUAUAUAGUUUUUAAUGGGUAUGUAAAAACAAAGAAACUUUAAAAGUUUUUUACCGGUGCAGGUGAAGGUGCCAGUUCCUAUUUGGUAUCACAGUCUACAAAAGCUUCAUUACUUUAUUUGAUGCUGGUUGCUAAGCAGCCAUUGCCCAGAGCAGAAGUCUACUGGGUGCCUUUACAAGCCAGAGAGGCUGACGCUGCACUGUUGAUGUCAUAUGAGGAAAUAAUGCACAUGCUCUAACUGCAACACAGGAAAACCUAGAAACAAAUAAACAAAAAAAUAAAACAACAAAAAGGUUGAUUGAAAUAAAAUUUGAUCAACGUAACUGUAUUUUGAAACAUUCCAGGAAGGUUACUUCUUGUCAAACUUGCCUGGGGGUGUUUGUUCAAAGCUUGUAUUUAAUAAAUGAACACCUGACUUACAA